AUGUUCAUUUUCUGUUCAGAUAUCCACUCUGAGAAGCAUGAUGGAUGGGAUAUUUCCUCAAGAAUUCUGGAAGCAAACAAAGAGAUCAGAGAUUCGCUGCUGGAAGGAGAUUUGGCCAUGCCCAAAACAAGGAAUGCCAUGAAAUGCUUGAAUAACUACUGCAGAUGGCCAAAAUCCAGUUUGGGAAUGGUUGAAGUGCCUUACACUAUUGCUGACUUGUUCUAUAACGACGAGAAGACAAUGAUUGAAAAUGCGAUGAAGAGCAUUGCAGAAAAAACCUGCAUUCGUUUUGUUCCUCGAAGCAAGCAAGUCGACUAUCUCAGUAUUGAGAAUCUAGUAGGGUGCUGGUCUUCUGUGGGAAGAACUGGGGGUAAACAACAGGUGUCUUUGUCUGUGGACGGAUGUGUUAAUCAUGGAAUCAUUGAGCACGAGCUCCUUCAUUCUCUUGGAUUCCACCAUGAGCACACCAGGAGCGACCGAGAUCAGUAUGUCCGUAUCAACUGGGAGAAUAUUCCGCAAGCAUCUGCAAACAACUUUGAGAAGAAAGAUACAAAUAAUUUGAAUACCCCUUAUGACUAUAACUCAAUCAUGCAUUAUGGAAGGACUGCCUUCGCCAUACAGUAUGGGAAGGAAUCCAUCACUCCUAUUCCUGACUCUUCAGUGAAGAUCGGACAGAGGGUGGAAAUGUCUACCAUUGACAUACUGAGGAUCAACAAGCUCUAUGAAUGUGGUGAGUAUAUUCUUUGCAUACAUUACAGGGAUAGUUCACCCAAAAAGCUUAAUGUUAUCCUCAGCCACCAUUUACAUUCAUUGUAUGGAAAAAAGAUGCAAUAGGGACUG